AUGUCGCAGCGGAUAGGCUCCCAAAGUCCACAGGACCAUAAAGGUUCCUUCAGCAGCGAUUCUACAGGACUUGACGCCACUUCAUUUUCCUUCGCGACGGGUACACACGAAGAGGCGAUGGAGCAGCUGCGCCAGGCACACACUGCGUUGGAAAAGUACAUUAAAGUGGAGAUGGAGACAAGUACAGAGGAGUUGCAGCUGCUGGGGAGGUGUAACGAUGUGCUGCGGAAGCGCUGCGAGAUGGUGCAGACUUCGGCGAGGGGGGCAGUGCAGGAGUUGGAGGCGACAGCGGAAGUGAUGAAGCAUCUACGCCUGCAGUUCGCCCGCGUGGAUGCGGUUGAGACGCAGCUCGCAUCGUUGACAACAACUGUGAACAAGAUUGACGAGUACAGCAAGGCGCUGGCAGACCGGUUUGACUGCGCGUGA